CUAUUGUCGGAUUUAGAUAGGAUAUUAUUGCGAUUUAGUCGUCUUUAAAGUACGGUAAAAUUAGAUUAAGGGGGUUUCCAUAAAUAAGUCCGUAGUUUGUAUUGACUACAGACUAAUAAACCAUAUCAGUUUCCGGCGAUGGCCACGGGUCGUACAUUAUUUUUAAUUUUACUGUUGUUGUUAUCGUAUGUUUCCAAGUCGUUGUUUCUAAUAAUAGUCGCGAAAUACAUUGGAAUCCCAAUAUUGCAAGUGUAUUGGAAGGGAAGGUAUGUGUUAUCGACAUACACUGGACAGCCCGCACCCACCACUUUACUGACAGAAGGAUGUCAAGCGUGUACGGUGUUACAACUUGCAAUAACACCCUUUUUUUACACGUAAUUAUUAGUUAUGUGUAUCAUCAUUUUUUGUAUGAAUCAUACAAUUUUAUUUUAUGUAUAUUUUUAUAUUUUAUUGUAGAAACUUUGCAAUUUUUAAUUACAGGUAUACUUUUAUACAUUAUUUUUAUAUUUAAAUUGUAUAUUUUAAAUCAUACGACCGUCAGCUGGACGCUUUCUUUCAACCUUAUAAUUAUAAUACAAUUUUAUAUAAUGGAACAUGGAGGUUUCAUUUAUGACAAUUUGGGGAAGAAAAAAGGCGUUACUUACUAUCAAUGUGCCAAACGAGGACUCAACUUCUGCAAGGGUUCAUUGAAAAAAUCGACUGAUGGGACAUUAAUUAUCAUCAAACCCCAUAAUGGACAUGAAAUAAGAGACAAUAAUGAGAUGUUAAUUAAAUCUUUUAGAUUGAUUCUAAAAACGCGAGCCAGUAAAGAAAAUGGUUUAUUAAAAUUAAUAUAUGAUCAAGAAUCAGAAAGGAAUCCUGAAGCUAGCAGUCUCUAUUCUUGGGCAACAGCUGAAUCUAUAAUGCGUAUAGCGAGAAGGCACUCUCUUCCGAAAUUACCAACUUCUUGUACUGAACUGGCAGUUCUUUUUGAAAAUGGAACACUUCCACGAUAUUCAUGCUGUAAUGAAAGCAUAUUUAAGGGCUGUGUGCUAUGUAUUGACGGUCACCAAAGUCUAAUAUUUGCUUGCACUGGUUUAAUUCAAUUAGUAGCGAAUGUUGAAGAAAUACACGUUGAUGCUACAUUCAAAAUUGUAUCCCCAAACAUGGGUAAACAAUUAUUAACUAUUCACUGUAUGAUUCAAAACCAUUCCAUACCUGUUGUAUAUUGUUUAAUGGAAUCAAAAUCAAGGAAUGCCUACAUUAGUGUUUUAAAUUUUGUGAAAUCGAAUAUUGUCCCAAAUUUAAACCCAUCUGUUAUAAUAACUGAUUUUGGGACAGCCCUUCGAGAUACAUUAAUAUCAUUAUUUCCCCAAGCAAGAGUUGCUGGUUGCUGGUUCCACCACAAUCAAGCGGUAUGGAAAAAUAUGAAAAAAAAAGGAUUUCUCCAUUUAAUAAAUACUAAUGGUCAAGCAUUAAAAGCUUUGAGAAUGUUGUUUGCUUUGCCAUUACUACCUGCUGCUGAUAUAGAGAGAGCGUAUGAAGUCAUUCGGUUAUUUGCCAUUAAUCAUCAAGUUCCUAUGACUAGUUUAUUUAGUUAUUACCGAAGUUAUUGGAUAGGACAAGUUGGUGUUCACGUUUUUUCUGUCCAUGGACUAUCAAGGCGCACUAAUAACAAUGUGGAAAGUUUUCACAAUAGUUUGAGACUAAAAUUAUCAGUGGCGCAUCCAAACUUAUGGAUUUUUCUUAAUCAGUUAGCUCGUCUACGUAUGAAUUACCAUACAAUAGUGAAUCAGUUGUCAAAUAAUAUAAGGCCAACAAGAAACUAUAGAGUAAAUUAUGUUAUAAACUCCAAUCGUAUAAAGAAUGCAACUAGCCAAUAUUCUCAAGGACUGAUGAAUAUGUGGCAGUUUUUGCAAAUAUGCUCUCACACUACUACUGCUUAUGAACAACGUCAGAGAAAUUGGGCAUUACAGGCAGAGAUCAAUAGCAACCCAAAUGCUUAUAUACCUCUUUCAGAAGAUAACCGGAUUGAUGAUUCUGCAGUAGCUGAAGAAUUAAUUGCUAACAUACCUGUAGCCAUUUCUGAGGGUGCAAAUGAAACCGUAAAUAUUGAUGACAAUGAUUCGCUUGACGAUGAAAGUAGAUGUGUGACAUGUUUGGUGAGGACGCUAAGGGAAACUCCAAUAAGGUAUAUGAUUACUCCAUGUGGGCACGCAUGGAUAUGCAAUAGCUGUAUGCUGACAAUUCUUAGGUCUGACCCUAUAGUAAAAUGUCCUGUGUGCCGUCAAAGCAACAGUCAUUUUCAACGUGUAUUUUUUACCUUUUAAAAUUAAGUGCUAUUAUUUUGUGCACCCACUAAUAAUAAAUAUUUUAGACUUAGCAAAAGAGACAUUAAGGUUUCAACAUAAUGAAUAAAAACUAUUUUUUACUCGUAACAUUACAAAUAAAUCAUCAGAAUCAUAGGUUUUAUCAUUGACUAUAAAUAUUAUAGAUGGCCCACCAAGACAAUUUACAGUUCUGGACGUCGACAAGGGGUGAGCC